AUGACGGCCAACCCUUUCCUCCUGGCUGCAGACAACCCGGCGGCGCUCCUGCCGCUGCUGCGCGAGAAUCCAGCACUGGCCUCAGCUCAGGAUGACCACGGAUACUCCCUUGUCCAUGCUGCCGCUAGCUACAACCAUCUUGACCUCCUACGUGCCUUGAUCCGCCAGUUCAAUGUCGAUGUGGACCUGCGCGAUGAGGACCAGGAGACAGCCCUCUUUGUGGUAGAGACCGUAGAGGCAGCCAAGCUUCUUGUCGAAGAGCUUGCAGCGGAUCUGACGGCGACAGGCACCGAAGGUCGCACUGCUAGGGAAAAGAUUGCGGAAGAGGGAGAGUUCCCCGAGGUCGCCGAGUAUCUCCAGUCGAAGGAGUCGUCCCUUCCUGCCGAAAGUCUCAACGGCAUCCACCCUGCAGUUCCGGCUAGCAGCGAGGCUGACACUACUGCUGCGUUGCCCAACGGCAUGCGAGUGUCCAUGGGCACCAUAGAGCCUGGCGACGAAGAAGCAGAGGUCGACCCAGUACUUCGCCGGAGGAUAGAGGAGCUUGCAGAACGGGAGGAUUUCCAUACUGAGGCUGGACAAGCAGAGCUGCGCAGACUAGUAGAGGACGCCAUUGGAGCUGGCGACUAUUCGGAUCGCAACGUCAGGUCCAGACAGGAAUAA